CAGUGAUGCCUGACAGAGAGUAUAUAAAAGCUACAGCUGUCCUCGGCCUGUCUGAGAACCACGACUUGUUCUUCAUCAAACGUCUGUUGAAUUGGUGUUGAAGAUAAAUAGAGUAUUUCACCAGAAGAAUGGACGAAUCAGAGGACGACAUAGCUGUCAUUGGGAUUGGAUGCAAUUUUCCUGGAGGUGAGGGUUUGAACGAAUUCUGGAAGGUUUUGUUAGAAGGAAGGAACUGUGUUGCAGAUAUCCCUGCAGAGCGUUUUGACUCCAGUUUCUGGUACAGUGCUGAUGAAACAAAAGCUGGGAAAACAUGCACAACCAAAGCAGCGCUCAUAGACGGGUUUAACGAGUUUGAUCACAGGUUUUUCAGCAUCACAGAGGCAGAGAAUAACUGCAUGGACCCACAGCAGAAACUCCUGCUUCAGUGCACGUACAGAGCCCUGGAGGACGCAGGAGUUUCCAUGGAGAGCAUCAGUGGAAGCAGAACUGGAGUCUACAUAGGUCUGAUGAACAGGGAUUACGAGAUGCUCAGAAACAAUGAUCCCACCACCAUAACCCAUUACAAUGCCACCGGGACGGCCAUGAGUGUCGCUGCCAACCGGAUUUCUUUCACCUUCAAUCUCACUGGUCCUUCUCUGGCCGUUGACAGCGCCUGCUCCUCAUCUAUGGUGGCUUUACAUUUAGCCUGCCAGGCUAUAAAGCAGCGAGACUGUGAGACGGCUCUAUGUGGAGGCGUCAACUGCAUCAUUGAGCCCAGGAUCUUUGUUGCCCUGAGCAAAGCCAGGAUGAUUUCACCAGGAGGAACCAGCAGACCUUUCUCCAGUGAAGCAGAUGGCUAUGGCAGAGGAGAAGGCUGUGGCAUUGUUCUCCUGAAGCCUCUGAGAAAGGCUGUGAAAGACUACGACAAAAUAUGGGGUGUGAUCAGCAAAACAGCCAUCAACCAAGACGGCCACUCGGUGACGCCCAUCACCAAACCGUCCAUGACACAACAAGAGGAGCUGCUGAGAAGAAUCUACUCAGAAUCGGACCUUGCUAACGUCCAAUACAUAGAGGCACACGGGACGGGGACCAAGGUCGGAGAUCCCACAGAGGCAGGAAGCAUUUCCAAUGCCAUUGCCAAAGCCAGACCUCCUGGUUCCAAGACACUGUGGGUUGGCUCUGUGAAAGGUAACAUUGGACAUACAGAAUCUGCAGCGGGAGUAGCAGGACUCACGAAGGUUCUGCUGAUGAUGAAGCAGAAGACCAUUGUUCCUUCAAUGUUCUACUCCAAACACAGCACAAGUAUAGACGUUGAAGCCCUCCAUAUAAACAUUCCAACUACACCUGAAAGAUGGGAAGCAAACGGGUCUGCACUAAGGACCGCAGGGAUCAACAGCUUUGGGUUUGGAGGCACAAAUGCUCAUGCAAUUGUGAAAGAGUACAGAAGGAACCCCAUUCCCACGGGGACACCACAAGGUUCUCCAGAACUCUUUGUAAUAUCUGCAGCCAGUGAGAAAUCACUAAUGCUGACCAUCAGGGACUCACAUCAGAAGCUGUGUGAUUCAGAAACAGUUGACUUACAUGCAUUGUCUUACACCUCAACAUGUAGGAGGAGUCAUUAUAGACACAAAUACAGGAAGGCCUUCCUGACAACUUCCAUCUCGGAUUUACAGCAUCAGCUGAAAUCUGCUGUACAAUCAAAGACGGAGCCGACAAAGUCAGACGUCCAGGUGGUGUUUUUGUUCUGUGGGAAUGGUGUCGCAUACAAAGGUAUGUGCCAGCAGCUCUUGAAAGAGGUUCCUGUUUUCACAGAUAAGGUCAUGGAGAUUGACAGACUCUUCCAGCAUCAUCAAAGUUACAGCAUCACUCAGUGGCUCGCUGAUGGUUUCAAAGACCAGGACUUAAGGAAGCCAGAUAUGAUCCAACCUGUUCUGUUUGCGAUCCAGGUUGGCAUCGCCACCGUUCUUAAACACUGGGGGCUGGAACCUGAUGCCGUGUUUGGACACUCGGUGGGAGAAGUUGCUGCUGCUCACUGCUCGGGUCUUUUGUCUCUUGAAGAUGCUGUAAAAGUGUUGUACCACCGCAGCAACCUUCAGAGCAAAGUCAUGGGUGGUGCAAUGCUUGUGGUCAGUAAUGUGGCUGUAGAGGAGGUAGAAGAAAUCCUCAAAGAUUUCUCUGGAAAAGUUAGCAUUGCAGCUUUCAACAGUCCAUGCUCCUGCACACUGGCAGGAGAAUCGGAUGAAAUAGACCUCAUUCAAGAAAGGCUGAAGACACAGUUUAAAGACAAAAAUCUUUUUCUUCAUAUUUUGGACGUUCCUUCGGCGUACCACAGCCAUAUGAUGGAUCCCAUUUUAGAUGACAUCCAGAGAAACCUCCAUGUUUUAGAUGCCAAUAGCUUGAAGUGCAAACUCUUUUCAACUGUGACAGCAGCUAAAUGUGCAGAUGGUGACUUCACCUCUGGUAGAUAUUGGGCAGAGAACAUUCGAAAGCCUGUUUUGUUUCAACAAACUCUUCGUGCAGUCACUAAAGAUGGGCAGCUUCUGAGGAAUGUGGUCUUUGUGGAAGUUGGACCUCGUAGGGUUCUUCAAAGAAACAUACGUGAAACUCUUGGAAACAACGCCAUAGUUCUGACCUCAGUCCAGCCUCAAAAAGAUUAUGAGACAAUCUUAAAUGCACUUGGAAGAGCAUUUGAGUUUGGUCUCAAUGUGGACUGGCAUCAGGUCUACAUGGGCCAUGAGACGUUGCCCACAGAUCUUCCAGUUUACCAGUUUGAUAACUCAAAGAAGCAGAUCAAUUUUGAAGAUGUCAGAAGAGGGAACAGCUCACCUUCUUCUCAUCAGCUGAUAUCCCAACUAAGUACCAGUAAUGAGUACAUUUACACACUCUCUGUAGACACUGCACCAUAUCUUUGGGAGCACAAAAACAGUGGUGUUUCCAUAGUUCCCGGUUCUUUGUAUGUUGAGAUAGCUUACACCUCAAUAAUGGCGAGCUUAAAACCAAAGAAACCAGUUUCUUUGCUCCAGAUAAACAUUAAAUUUGAGAGUCUGUUUACACUCACAUCAAACUCUCACCAGCUAAGAGUAACCCUUGAGCAAACAGAGGGAGGGGUGUCCUACAGGAUAAGGUCUGCAGCUGCAGUGCAUGCGCGCGGGACAUGCAAGAUCCAAGACAGCCAACCAAUGAUUGAAGAGCCCACAAUUGCCCCAGAUAUUAUCUUUCAGAGGUGCAGAUUGAUCAUGGAUAAGAAAGAGAUUUAUUCAACUCUAUCCCAAGCUGGUUUUGACUACGGCUCCGUCUUUAAUCGUCUUGAUUAUGUGCAUUUUGGAGGUGAAUUCAAUGAAGCUGUGACCAAAAUCCAAGUCCCUGAAGAACUCCUACAACACCUACAUGAACAUUUCCUCCACCCCGUGUUAUUGGACUAUUUCCUGCAAAUGGGGGCUGCACUGGCGGUUGGAAAUUUAACAGCCAAGCAGGCAUUUCCUUCAGGUAUCAGUAGUGUUGCUAUUUCGGCGCCGUUGCAGGAGACGAUGAUAAUGUAUUUACGAGCAACUGCAGAGACUCCAGACUUCCUUGAAGUGUGUGGUUGCUUUGCGACCACACAGGGUAAAGUACUAGUUGAGCUGAAGAAGGUGAGGUUCACAUUUUUGGGCAAGAUUUCAAAUGCUCCUCAGUCACUCUUCUUUCACAGUGAACUUAUUCCAGUUUUGUUUGACUCAAAUGAAUUUGUCGACUGCAAACUGAAAGCCAUCAUUUUUGCAGACAAACUCCACAUUUCCAAAAGACUGAAACCAUACUUGGACCCGGAGUCAAUCAUUGUGGAGUACACAGAUGAUUGGACGUCCAAGCCACUUCAGGAGUCACUUAAGACUAACAUUAAUUUGACUCACGCUGUCUUCAUGUGGGGUGUAGAAAAUCUCAAUCACCUGACCGCUGACCAGACACUGGAGACCUUGGUUUCUGGUUGUGAGAAGUAUCGCCAGAUCUUGUUACUUUUAAAAGAAAUGAGACCAUCUUGCCACGUGCAUGUUAUAACCUACAGAUCUUCAGAACUGACCGUGGACCAUAUCAGUCCAGGUUUUAUGUUGUCUGGAAUGACCAGGGCCUGUGCGGCAGAGAUGCCAAGUCCCUCCUUUCAGCUGGUUGACCUUGCCUCUGUGACCAAUGAAGACAUUCAGAUGUUGAUUGAAGUUAUUAAAUCCAGCAAACAACAAGAGGUGGUGAUCAGGAAUGGGCAGGUACUGACAACCAAGAUAUCCCAGACCCAGGAGAUGGGGUACCCUUGUAAAGAAGACGAUCAGUCAGAGUUUCUGGGUGACUUUAUUUUGCAGACUGGUGAUUCGUACAGAAUGACCUCCUUGUCAACCAUCCCUGAUGACACCGGUGAAGGUCCGAACCCUGAGACGUCAGUUGAGAUUCAGCUCACCCAUGCAUGUGUGCACUCAUCUGAUUACUUUCCUGUCACCACUUCACAUUUAAAUUUUGGCAGAACAAUUUACUGGAACCAGCAUACAUCCCAUAAUCACCAGCUUCUGGUUUUAGAUUUUGGUGGUGUCGUUACAGCUGUUGGGAAAAGCGUUCGUAGCCUAGCCGUGGGCGACCGUAUCGUCUCAUGUUGUCCGACUGUAGCUAAGAGUAAAAUGAGAGUUCCGGAAACUUUGUGCUAUAACACGAAGUACGUCCCAUUUCUAAAAGACAGUCCAUGUGUGUCGUACUUCAUACUGGCGUGGGAGAUCCUGCAGAACAUCACAGUGAAAGAACGACACAGAAAAUUGACCAUUAUUUCCCAGAACACAGCUUCUGCUCUGAUGAAGGUUUUGGCUUUAACAGCCAACAGGUCCGGCUGGAACGUUUCCUCAACACUGCAUUUCAGAGAAGCAACUAAUAGUAUUCACCAAAGUCACGCCUUUGUUUUUCUACCUCCAUUUGACCACACGGGAUGGCAGGACAUAAAAGGCAGCAGUUUUUUCGAGAGACAUAUCGUUUUUGUGUACAGCAGUCACAUGUCAUCUCCACACAUAUCAAACAUGCAUGCAAUAAACAGUGAACACGUACAUCUUCACAAUGUCGAUGUAGCUAAUGUUCUCCACAAAACAUAUCUGCGAGUGCACAGCAAAAAAGUUUUUAACUGGUUGAAGUCAUUAGGGUUUGUUGCAGAAUCUUUACCGUUGAGAAAGGGAACUUUUCAGACGUUAACAAAAGAGAUGCCUGAAACUGAUCCAGAUUGUGAGUCAUAUUUCACUACAAAAACAGUGCAGAAUGUGAUUUUGGAUCACGCAGAAUCUGAUCGCUCAUAUCUCACAUCUCGUAUCCCAAGUCACAGGUCAAGACAACUUUUCAAAAAAUGUGGCGUAUACAUCAUUACUGGGGGGCUUUCAGGUUUGGGGCUGGAGACUGUGAAGUUCGUCUCACAUAAUGGUGGUGGGUGUAUUGCAACUCUGUCCAGGAGCACCUUGACAAAUGAGAUCCAGGUUGAAAUGGAACUCCUGCAGAAAACAUCUGGCGUUAGCAUCAUACACGUCCAGUGUGAUGUUUCGGUGUCAGUGCAGGUGAUGGACGCAAUCACCAAGAUCAGACAACGAUUCCCCUCCUGUCCCAUCAAAGGCGUUUUUCACAGUGCUGCUGUGCUGCAUGAUGCACUUAUUGAAAACCUCGACAGAACACUCUUCCAGAAGGUUCUGAAGCCCAAAGUGUGCGGAGCUCUGAAUCUCCACUACGCCACACUUCAUAACAAACUGGACUACUUUGUUUGCUACUCCUCCAUCUCUUCAUUCAUCGGCAACGCCUCCCAGUGCAACUACGCAGCCGCCAACUCUUUCUUGGAUGUGUUCUGCCACUAUCGGAGAAAUCUUGGCCUUGCUGGACAGUCCAUCAACUGGGGUCCACUCAACCUGGGUCUGCUGCUGAAAAAAGACCAUUUUCAGAAGUUCCUAGAAGCAAAAGGGAUGAUGACAAUGGAUGUGUGGGAAGUCCAUAAAGCUCUUGAAAAGUGUCUCCUCCUAAACAGACCUCAACAAGUCAUAUGCAAAUUCAGCUUAAAAAACCUUAACACUCAUGUUCUGUCCCAAAAUGCAUUUCUGAGACGACGACUCUUGGCUCUCGUAGAAACGAAGCUUCAAGAUGAUGUGAAGCCCAAAACUGAGUGUCAACCUGUGAGGUCCAGGCAGGACAGUGUGAGGAAAAUAGUCAGUGACAUAAGUAAUGUUAGUGAAGAAGAGCUGGACGACGACUCUGCUCUGUGUGAUUUAGGAAUCGACUCCAUGUUGGCCAUGACUCUGCAGAACCAGAUAUUCCAGGAAACAGGAGUUAAUGUGCCUUUGGUCAAAAUACUGGACCCCAACAGUUCACUGUCCACAUUGGCUGCUAUUGUAAUGAAUAAUGGGUCAUGUGAUUCACAGUGUAACUGACUGGUUGUUGGUUUCUGUUUUUACUCCUGUAAAUGCUUUUAAAUGUACAUACACUAUUUUAACUGAGGUACAUUUAAAAUAACUUGAUUCAAACAUUAAUGUGAUUUUUCUCUUCAAUUUUUUGCAUAUGUAUUUUCAAGGGGGCCAAACUCAAUAUUUAGAAUGUAGAAUCUUUCAUAUGGAAAAAAUAUGAAACAACCAAGUAUAAUGA